CAUCUUUUUUCUUUCUUAUUUUUGUUCUUCAUCUGGAACAUGAAGCUGCUGCACUGAAGACCUGAGACCGGACUGAAGACCUGAGACCGGGGCUGAAGACCUGAACCCGGACUGAAGACCUGAGACCGGACUGAAGACCUGAGACCGGGGCUGAAGACCUGAGCCCGGACUGAAGACCUGAGACCUGGGCUGAAGACCUGAGCCCGGACUGAAGACCUGAGACCGGGGCUGAAGACCUGAGACCGGGACUAAAGACCUGAGCAGCUCGUCUCCAUCAUGACGUCCACGUGUCACUUCCUCUUCCUCUUCCUCUUCCUCCUCACACAGUCAGCUGACUCCUCUCCCUCUGUUGACAACACCACCGAGGAUCUACAGGAAGUGACUCUGGCCGCCAUUUUACCGAUGACUAACACAGAGUAUGCGUGGGCGUGGCCUCGCGUGGCGCCCGCGCUCCAGCAGGCGGUGCAGCGGGUGAACUCUGACCCGUGGCUGCUGCCUGGCCUGAAGCUCCGCCUUCUUAACGGCAGCUCAGAGAACCGUGACGGUUUCUGCUCGGACUCGAUGGCGCCGCUGGUCGCCGUCGACUUCAAGAUGUCGAACGACCCCUGGGCGUUCAUCGGCCCCGGCUGCGAUUAUUCUUCUUCACCCGUCGCUCGCUUCACAACACACUGGGGCGUUCCCAUGGUGACCGCCGGCGCCCGCGCCAUCGGCUUUGAGCACUACGCAGCGGUCACCAACACAGGCCCCACCCACAAGAAGCUGGGCGAGUUUGGCGCCAGCAUCCAGGAGACGUUGGGCUGGCGGCAGCACGCCAUGCUCGUGUUCAGCGACAACAAAGACGCCAACGACGACCGCUCGUGCUACUUCGCCGCAGAAGGGCUUUACACGGUGCUGGGAAACCACAAUGUGUCCAUCAGAGAUCACGUGAUCGACGCCGACGUCAACUACAAGACGGUGGUUCAGAUGAUCCGAGACAACGGCAGAGUGGUUUACCUGUGCUCUUCCUGGGACAUCCUGAGGACUCUGAUGGUCCAGUUCUGGAAGGAGGGUGUGGAUUUAAAGGAAUACGCCUUCUUCUUCAUUGACCUGUUUGCUGAGGGUUUGGGGGGGCGGAGUCCAAUCAGACCCUGGUUCAGAGGAGACCACGAUGAUGUCACUGCCCGACUGGCGUUCAGGAGUGUGAAGGUGUUGACGUACAUGGAGCCGCAGAAUCCUCAGUAUCUGCAGUUUGUUCACGCUCUGAAAGUCAACGCCAAGGAAAUGUUCAACUUCACCAUCGAGGACUCUCUGUAUAAUCUGAUCGCUGGAGGCUUCUAUGAUGGAGUCAUGCUCUACGCUCACGCUCUCAAUGAGACUCUGGCUGAGCAGCGAGGACCGGGACCAGGACUGGGUCCAGUCCACAGGCCUAAAGAGGACCUGGUGACCAGGAGGAUGUGGAACAGAACUUUCCCAGGAGUCAUGGGUGUGGUGGAGAUGGACACGUUCGGGGACAGACAGACCGACUUUGCCAUAUGGGACAUGACGGACGUUGACUCUGGAGAGUUUCAGGUGGUGUGUGUCUACAACAGCAGCACAAAACAGCUGGUCAUGCAGAGUGGGCGGAGCUUCCAGUGGCCAGGUGGGUCACCACCUCCAGACGUCCCAGAGUGUGGCUUCAAAAACGACAAACCGGCCUGCCGUGCACGUACAGUGUCCAUGCAUCAGAUGGUUGCCAUAGUGAUCUGCUUCGUCUUCAUCAUCAUCGUUACCGUGACCAUCUUCAUCUACAGGAAGUUGAAGUUGGAGAGUGAGCUGGCAGCUCAGCUGUGGAGAGUGUCCUGGGAAGACGUCCAGAUGUGUAACCUGGACAAAGUCCUGAAGAGAGCGUGGAGCCGACUCACUCUGUCCCUGAAAGGAUCAAACUACGGCUCCCUGAUGACCAUGGAGGGAAACUUCCAGAUCUACACCAAGACUGGAUACUACAAGGGAAACCUCGCUGCCAUCAAAUACAUCAAUAAGAAACGGAUUGAACUGACCCGGAAAGUUCUGUUUGAACUGAAACAUAUGCGGGACGUCCAGAACGAGCACCUGACCCGUUUCAUCGGCGCCUGCGUGGACACGCCCAACAUGUGCAUCAUCACAGAGUACUGUCCUAGAGGCAGUCUGCAGGACCUGAUGGAGAGUGACAGCAUUACUCUGGAUUGGAUGUUCAGAUACUCACUCAUCAAUGACAUCGUCAAGGGCAUGGCGUUCAUCCACAACAGCGUCAUCAUCUCCCACGGUAACCUGAAGUCGUCCAACUGUGUCGUGGACAGUCGCUUUGUCCUGAAGAUCACAGACUACGGACUGAAGAGUCUGCGCAGCUGCAGCAGUCCUGAGGACACGCACGCGUACUACGCACGUAAGCUGUGGACCGCCCCUGAGCUGCUGAGGUCACAGUGUCCCCUCCCCCGCGGGACGCAGAAAGGAGACGUGUACAGCUUUGGGAUCAUCCUACAGGAAGUGGCUCUGCUGAGGGGCGUGUUCUAUCUCGACGCGCACACACUCACGCCUAAAGAGAUUGUCCAGGCCGUGCGGCGGGGUGAAGCCCCGCCCCUCCGCCCCUCCCUCUGCUUCCACAGUCACAGCGAGGAGCUUGGCGUCCUGAUGCAGCGAUGCUGGAGCGAGGAGUCCAGCGAACGACCCGACUUUAACACCAUCAAGAUCCUGCUCAGGAAACAACACAGAGGUUACGGCUCCAACAUCCUGGACAACCUCCUGUCUCGGAUGGAGCAGUACGCCAACAACCUGGAGGAGCUGGUGGAGGAGAGAACGCAGGCGUACCACGAGGAGAAACGCAAGGCCGAGGCUCUGCUCUACCAAAUACUGCCACAUUCUGUUGCUGAACAGUUGAAACGAGGUGAAACUGUCCAGGCUGAAGCUUUUGACUCCGUCACCAUUUACUUCAGUGACAUCGUUGGUUUCACGGCGCUCUCUGCUGAGAGCACGCCACUGCAGGUGGUGACUCUGCUGAACGACCUCUACACCUGCUUCGACGCCAUCAUCGACAACUUUGACGUUUACAAGGUGGAGACCAUUGGUGACGCCUACAUGGUGGUGUCGGGUCUGCCGGUGAGGAACGGUAAACUCCACGGUCGGGAGGUCGCCCGCAUGUCUCUCGCUCUGCUGGACGCUGUCAAGAGUUUCAGGAUCAGACAUCGACCCGAGCAGCAGCUGCUGCUGCGCAUCGGCAUUCACAGCGGUCCAGUGUGUGCUGGUGUGGUUGGACUGAAGAUGCCCAGGUACUGUCUGUUUGGAGACACGGUCAACACCGCGUCACGCAUGGAGUCCAACGGAGAAGCUCUGAAGAUUCACGUGUCAGAGGUGACUCGUCAGGUUCUGCACGAGUUCAGCGGCUUCACCUUAGAGCUGCGAGGAGAAAUCCAGGUGAAGGGCAAAGGUCACAUGAGGACGUACUGGCUGCUGGGAGAGGACAGCAACUGACAGGAGAGAGAGGACAGCAACUGACAGGAGAGAGAGGACAGCAACUGACAGGAGAGAGAGGACAGCAACUGACAGGAGAGAGAGAGCAGCAACUGACAGGAGAGAGAGAGAGAGAGAGAGGACAGCAACUGACAGGAGAGAGAGAGCAGCAACUGACAGGAGAGAGAGGACAGCAACUGACAGGAGAGAGAGAGCAGCAACUGACAGGAGAGAGAGGACAGCAACUGACAGGAGAGAGAGAGAGCAGCAACUGACAGGAGAGAGAGGACAGCAACUGACAGGAGAGAGAGAGCAGCAACUGACAGGAGAGAGAGGACAGCAACUGACAGGAGAGAGAGGACAGCAACUGACAGGAGAGAGAGAGCAGCAACUGACAGGAGAGAGAGGACAGCAACUGACAGGAGAGAGAGAGCAGCAACUGACAGGAGAGAGAGAGAGAGGACAGCAACUGACAGGAGAGAGAGGACAGCAACUGACAGGAGAGAGAGAGAGAGAGGACAGCAACUGACAGGAGAGAGAGGACAGCAACUGACAGGAGAGAGAGAGAGCAGCAACUGACAGGAGAGAGAGGACAGCAACUGACAGGAGAGAGAGAGCAGCAACUGACAGGAGAGAGAGGACAGCAACUGACAGGAGAGAGAGAGAGAGGACAGCAACUGACAGGAGAGAGAGGACAGCAACUGACAGGAGAGAGAGAGAGAGAGGACAGCAACUGACAGGAGAGAGAGGACAGCAACUGACAGGAGAGAGAGAGAGCAGCAACUGACAGGAGAGAGAGGACAGCAACUGACAGGAGAGAGAGAGCAGCAACUGACAGGAGAGAGAGGACAGCAACUGACAGGAGAGAGAGA